AUGUCCGCCAUGGACUGCGGUGUUGCCAAAAUGCCUCACAAUGCAUGUUUUCCAGCCCGGAUUCAAACACAUUUUAAGAACCAAGGAUCCAAUUCGUCGCUGAGCCACGAUGUUAUGCCAAAUAGCGAACCGCUCCCAUCGCCACGCCGAUGGUCGCCUACAUAUCAACCCCGGCGAAGGAGCAGGCAAUUUCCGACGUCUUUGUCAUUCGUUCCGUCUACAGUAAUAACCAGUCCUGACGGCCAUGACUCGACAUCAUCACUACCUAGACGGCCCGCUGAUCGAGCACAAGUCCCAAUUUCGCCCUUUCGAUCAGUCAGAAGAAUGAAAGAACCAUUCCAACUAGUCCUACCAUCUUCGCCAGUAUCAUGCGACGGUGGCCAGGUAUUCCCUUCAACCAAGCCAAUGCGGCUCUCAAAGCCACCGGGUGGUCAUACCCUACGGACUUGGCGCUCAGAUCAGAACUUAAAGUGUGGUGGUCUUAUGCCCAGUCCACCCAUCUCAGAAUCAAGACCUGCGAGUGUAGGCGGAUCAUAUUUUGAGCAUAGAAAUGACUUGAGAAAGGAAAAGCAGGCCGCCACACUCUCACCAACAAAGGAACAUGCUGAACAUGUUGCAAACGUGAUGAUUCACUAUGGAGGCCAUUGUCAGACAGAGUGGGAACAUCAAUCUCCAAAAGCAGAUUUUAUCAAUAUGCCGGAACCUCACUCAAAUCUGUUCCGGCAUUACGAAGGCAAAAUGCCCUCUUCUCCGCACACCACUCAUGCCAGGCAACCAGCUUCCAUGUCAUCUCCCGUCUCUGCUUCCAAUACCAAGCCUAGGUUAUCAGCCAACUCCCCGACAAUUCAACGGCCGAGAACAGCUACUGUCUCAAGCGAAGCCAGCUGGAUACCCAGCAACCUAGCGUACUGUGAAACAUGGCUGCAGAACGUUCCCUAUGAUCCACUGGAUGAUAAAGAACAACAGCCCAAAGAAUUCACAAACCGUCGAAAAGUUCAGAUUGUCGAACAAGGUCCCCCAAUGCCAGUGCUGAGCGAUCUACCCACCCCGAAGGCUCUUGAGGCACCUGUGAGGUUUGCUGUUGCAAGCAGGCCAAAACUGGUCAAUAUUGCUAAACAAUCUUCCCCUAAUUUGCCGCAUCCAGUACCUCCUAGGCUACAACCUUCACUUCCUAUGACACCAGCCCAGCGGCAAGAAGAAGUAUCCGCUUUCAGCCCGGAUACACCAAUGGAAAUCCCAAACAACGACUAUGAACCUUUGCAAUCUGCGUUCUCUUUCAGCAGCUACGAAGAUAGCAAGGAUGAUGAUACAUACACUGACCCUGGGUCAUUGACUUCGGACAGCGUCACUUCAACAGUGGUAUAUGAAAGGCCGGAGUCUGCGCAGGGAAAGCGCGCCACCUCACCACAGCCCGAAAUUCGAUCUGGCAGUGUCAGUCCGAAAGCGUCAUCCCCCAAAACACUCUCUUCGGGGCAUAGAUCAAACUCACCUCAAAAGCAUGAAGAAGACAAACAGCGAACGUGGGACAGGGAGUGGACUUUGGACGAGCUCGCCCACUCUGUCAAUGAUUUCCCUCGUCACAUGCUUCGCCUCACAUCACCAGUUAUUGUAUUUAUUCGCGGCAGCGAUGAACAAGUUCUUCUCCGCCAUUUUAGGACCAUCUUCCCUGAAGUUGCCGACAACCUCCUUGACUGCCUUUGUGCGGCUUUAGUGGCCCGCAACUACCUUAUUUCCUUAUCCAAUCUUCAUCGCCACAAACCUUCUUUACCACCUCGCAGCGAUAUUUACGCUGUUGAUUCCGUUCCAACAAAAGCCUACAGCACCCUGGGCAUCCAACUUCCUACAGGUGCCCCGGGGCGCAUUAAAGACCGCCUUUUCACCUCACGUAGCACAGAUCUUCGUCGAGAUAUUGAAAGAAUUGUCGACAACCUGAUGUUUGCCAUCUGCGGUCGAUCUGACGACACUAUCAAAGCCGCCGUUGAGGUUCUAGUUCAAGUGCUAGAAACCAAUGCAGUGAAGUCUUGA